CCAACACGGAAGUAAUGCCUCGCGCUGUACAUUUGCACCACAGAUGUUUCUACUUCCAGUGAGUUUUGUUGAUUUGUUUUGAAUGUAAAGAGCUUCGGGUUGCCAUUUUCACUGUUUUUGGGCAAGUUAAGCGAUCGAGUUGGACUGUGACAAUGACGCAAGCAGAGAAAGAGCAAGAAAACGGAAAGGAAAAAGAAAAAGAACGCGACAAAGAGAAGGAGAGGGAGCAGCGAGGAGUGAAAAGACCCAUUGCUCCACCGACCAUCCCGGAGCCCCUGCAGGAGCAAAUACAGAGCAACUUUGUAAUCGUCAUCCAUCCCGGCUCAAGGACCCUCCGCGUUGGCCGAGCGACAGACAACCUUCCGCUCACGGUCCCACACGUGAUAGCCCGCCGACACAAGCAAAGCGGCCAGCCCAGAUACGAAGACGCCCGGCUGCUCAGGGACGGCCUAAAUAAACCUGAGAGUAACGAACAGCGGCAGAACGGGCUUAAAAUGGUGGAUCAGGCCAUUUGGUCCAAGAAGAUGUCCAAUGGAGUGAGGAGGACGCCGGUGUCUGCUGAGCAGGCAAGAGCAUACAACUGUCAGAUCCGCCCAGCCGUGCUCGACGGCAGCUCCAGGGUGAAGUGGACCAACACGGCUCACCAUCCCCCUCAUUUGAUCGGAGAUGAGGCGCUGUAUGUGAAACCAACAGACUGUUACAACAUCCACUGGCCCAUAGUUCGAGGUCAACUCAACGUGCACGCCGGUCCCGGAGGCUCGCUGACUGCUGUCCUGGCCGACCUCGAGACCAUCUGGAGUCACGUUAUUCAAAAGAACUUGGAGAUUCCCCUCAAAGACCUAAAGUAUUACAGAUGCAUCCUCUUGGUGCCUGACAUUUACAACAGGCAGCAUGCCAAGGAACUGGUCUCCAUGCUGCUGCUUAAUAUGGGCUUUUCAGCAAUUAUAGUGCACCAGGAGUCUGUGUGUGCCACAUUUGGCAGUGGGUUGAGCAGCGCUUGCGUUGUAGACGUCGGAGACCAGAAGACCAGUCUGUGCUGCGUAGAGGACGGAGUUUCUCAUCGGAACUCCAGGUUGUCUUUGGCAUACGGGGGUGCAGACGUGACCCGCAUUUUAUUCUGGCUCCUGCAGAGGGCAGGAUUUCCCUACAGAGACUGCCAGUUGUCCAACAGAUUGGACUGUCAGCUACUACAACAUAUAAAGGAGACACUAUGUCAUCUGGACCAGGACAUAUCUGGACUCCAAGAUCAUGAAUUCCAAACACGUUUCCCAGAUUCCCCGGCUUUUCUCUUCCAGGUUCGCUUAGGGGAUGAGAAGCUACAGGCACCCAUGGGACUGUUCUACCCCAGCACGUUUGGUAUCGUCGGUCAGAAGAUGACAUCGCUGCAGUACCGUUCCCAAGGUGACGCCGAGGACCCUCACGAUGAACUCUAUUUACUGGCCACACACAGCAAACAAGACCAGUCCUCAAAGUCCGCCUCAGAACGCAAGGCGGUCUCAAGACCCGGCGGAGCUUUGGACGGCGACAUGAGUGGUCAAGGGGGUAUUGCGGAACUCUCAGAGCUACCCAGGGGGAGUGGCGGUAGCGGAGCAAUGCAGGGGGAGACGGAUAUUGGGCCUGCCCAAGGGGAGUGCCUGAUGGGAGUGGGGGAGGCGGAGGAGCCCCUCUCCAGGAAGACUGCAAUCAUAAACCAGUUUGAGGGCAAAGCGCUGGGCUUGGAUAAGGCCAUCCUGCAUAGCAUUGACUGCUGUGCCUCGGAUGAGACCAAGCGAAAGAUGUACAGCUCCAUCCUGGUGGUAGGAGGGGGCCUCAUGUUUCAUGGUGCUCAGGAGUUCCUGCUUCAUCGCAUCAUCAACAAGAUGCCGCCCUCCUUCAGAAGGCUUGUGGACAACGUGGAAGUUAUCACAAGGCCCAAGGACAUGGACCCCCGACUAAUAUCGUGGAAGGGGGGAGCUGUGCUGGCCUGUCUGGACACAACACAAGAAAUGUGGAUCCACCAGAGAGAGUGGCAGCGCUUUGGCGUUCGAAUGUUACGUGAGCGAGCUGCGUUUGUUUGGUGAAACCACACAGGUCGACAAAAACAAGACUUUUAGUAAAAAUCGGAAGAACAACCCCACCUGCAAGUUUCAGUGUAGAGCAUUUUUACACAUCUACUAUAUUUGUAUCAUUGUAAAUGGAAAGAGUGAUGCCAUUAAAGCUUGGUUACUUAUGGCAUAAUUUCAAUUUCAAGUUUCCUUGAGUCCAUUAUAUAUUUUCAAUUCUAAAUCUCACUUCACACUACCCAAAAACAUUUUGUAAUUGUAGAAAUAUGGACAUAAUUGUAACUAAAUUCUUAAGUUAAAUUUAUUUAUAACCCGAUUUCGUCCUAUAGUGGCUGCAAAGUUCAUUUACUCAACUGCUUUGUUAUUUCUUUCACAAAUUAGAAAUAAAAUAUGACAUUAAAAUAACCUGUCACUUGAAUACAUC